CGGCGGGGCGGGGCGGCGGUGACGCCAUGACGCAGGGCGACGCACAGCGGGGCCGCCAUGCUGUCCCGGCUGCUGCGGGAGCACCAGGCGCGGCAGGGCGAGCGGCGCGAGCUGCAGGAGCGGCGCCGCAGGGAGGCGAUCGCCGCCGCCACGCGCCUGACCGAGGCCCUGGUGGAUCACCUGAACGUGGGGGUGGCCCAGGCCUACGUCAACCAGCGCAAGCUGGACCAGGAGGUGAAGACGCUGCAGGCGCAGGCGGCGCAGUUCGCCAAGCAGACGGGGCAGUGGAUCACCAUGGUGGAGAACUUCAACCAGGCCCUCAAGGAGAUCGGCGACGUGGAGAACUGGGCGCGCAGCAUCGAGCUGGACAUGCGCACCAUCGCCACGGCGCUGGAGUACGUCUACAAGGGGCAGCUGCAGCCCGCCUGCUCCUGAGCGCCCCCCCCGGGGGGGUGCCCCCCCCCGUCACCCCCCCUCGCACACAGAAUAAAGCCGCGGUGAGGGGCGGCGCGGCCCUGGCUGCCCCCCCUAAGCCCCCUCAUCCUCUUUAACGCUAAA